CCGCGUAGACUUUUCACACACACUCCAGACUGGCAGUAAGUGUUGACUAAAGGUGUGUGACAAAUGAGGCAGAAACUUGUUUUUUGAGCAUAAAAAACACACAAGUUGCUGGUAAAGAAUCCUGAUCAUAAACAACAAUCAUGAGCAGGGAAUUGUUCGACGUUCAACGCCAGAACUUCUGGACUGAGUCUAUCCAUAAGGAGGCCUACACCCGCCUGGCAUGGCACGAAAAAUACAGCAAGGAAUUCGCCAGGGAGUCUCGGCAAGGGGUUGCCCGUAAAAACCGCCCAGACAUGGUGCCCAAAGUUCACCAUUUCCCGACCAAGAAGAACCAGAAGCAACCAGAUGCAUCACAGAGUCUGGGAGAACUUGCUGCCAAGAAAGAAGCGAAGAAGGCGGACUUGGCAAAUAUGGACGCGGACGCUCUCCUAGUUGAGAUGAGAUCAGUCACUCCUCAAGUUAAAACUCAACUGUAUAAAGGUUUCAGCAAGGAGGGAACCGGCCGAUACGCCUACCUACAAAUCAGAAAGCUCAAGAAGCCGGAGACGAAAUACGACUUCCCGAUAACCAGUUCCUGGGAGUAUGGUUGGAGAUUAGAUGACGUCGUCAAGGAGUUCCGAGCACCAGCAUUCGGCCGAUCUCGCAUUGUCAAAGACUCUUUCUACCGGACCAAUGGCAUUUUUUAAGUCGUCGAAAUACAGAACUUUGUGCCUUUUGAACAUUGAAAUUCUGAUGGAGCAGUGUGAUCCCUCAACCAAAGCGUUAAACACUAAUAGAUUUAAUUAAAUCAUGUUCAAGGGAAUAAUCUCCCUGUUAAUUUAUUAUUUUGUCAAAAUUGUAGCUGUGAAUGCGAUGUUUUGAUGUCACAAAUUUUGAUGUCACAAAAAAGCAAGGAAUAAUUCGCCCCAGUUGAUUUUUGUUCAACUCCUGCCUAAAAUUUGCUGCGAAAACAGCCAUGAGACGUCAAAAUUUGUACCAGGUUCGCAGGAAGUAUGCACCAGGCUAAAGACCGUAUCACGAAUACCACCUGGAUGAUUUCGCACAAUGGCCAAAAGGCAUUGUGGAAAGGAAAAGGGAGCACUGUUGCACCUUUUCCCUUCCCACAGUGCCUUUGUGCCGUUUCAGCAAAGUCAACCAGGCAGUAUUUCCGAUAAACAUUAUUCUGGUCUUUUAAAGUAAAUAAUUUAAGAUAUCAGAAAUUAUGUUGAUGUAAUAAAAUAAGACCAGAGAACAGUUUCUUUACACUUAAAUUUUAAAAAAGCUAGUUUUAUUUCAGUCACUUUACUUUUUUUAAAUAUUUUGUUUAAAUUUCAAUGCCUCACAGGUAAUUUGAUAUCCAGCUUAUUUUGAGAAAUAUGAAUGUGAAAUAGUUCCUUUUGAAAUAGCUUAGUUUACAAAUUCGAGUUGCUAACAAAUUAAAUUGUUGUUUUUUAUGGAUGGUGCAACAAAAAACAAGUUCAAAAUUAGCAUUGGUCACAAAACGAACCUAAUUUCUUAGACCAAUUUACAUGUGCCUCACUAAGCAGAGCUGAAAAGUACAAAAAAAUUAUUCUUACCAGAACAGGGUUACCAGCCAAAAUACCAUGUACCAUGUUUGACUGGUAUCCUGCUACAUCAUAAAAUUGUCAAGCAAUAUUUUCUGCAAAAGCAGCGGUAUGAAACUAGACCCCGUGGAGAUUGGUGGAUGCAUGUCAAGACAAAACAAACAGAAAAAAAAGGUUAUGAACAACCAUCAAACUCGCUGGAUUAGAAAAGAAGAAAAAAUUCAACAGUUAAAAAUAGCCAUUUGAACUUUUUGAAGAACAAUAACUGUAAUACCGUCACUUUUUAUAGAAUUCUAAAAAAUAAUCAUUUAUUUUCAUUCUCAAUGGAUCUUUGCUAAGAACAAUCAAACCUGAUGUAAUUUUCCAAAGAACUUUAGACCAAUCCAUUUUUAAAAUGUAAAGACCAUAAUUUUCUUGUGACAGCAAAUACCUGUGCAAAAUCUGUAGCAAUAUUUUUCUGUGCUCAGGAAGUUUUUUGUGCUUACAGGCCCAAAUGUUUUACAAACAUGUUAAAAUUAUAUUAUUUCUUUGACAUUCAUGAACUGUAUAUUUUAAUGGCACUGUACACUAUUGGGUAAUUACUCAGUAUAAUUGUUUAGCAUAAAACUUAUUUGGUAAUGAGCAAUGGAGAG